CUCCUCCGCCUCCCGUUUUGCCUCCCUCCACGGGUGCCAUGGCAACCGAGAGAGAGCGCAACCUGGGUUCCGGAAGCUAGAGAGCUGGAGCUUGGAAGGUACCCGGGUCAAAGGAUGCUGAGUCCCGAGCGCCUAGCCCUACCCGACUACGAGUAUCUGGCCCAGCGACAUGUCCUCACGUACAUGGAGGAUGCAGUGUGUCAACUGCUAGAGAACAGGGAGGAUAUUAGCCAGUAUGGCAUUGCCAGGUUCUUCACUGAAUAUUUUACCAGUGUAUGCCAGGGAACUCAUAUUCUCUUUCGAGAAUUCAGCUUCAUCCAAGCCACCCCCCAUAAUAGGGCAUCAUUUUUACGGGCCUUCUGGAGAUGCUUUCGAACUGUGGGCAAAAAUGGUGAUUUGCUGACGAUGAAAGAAUAUCACUGUCUGCUGCAGUUACUGUGCCCGGAUUUCCCACUGGAGCUCACUCAGAAAGCAGCCAGGAUCGUGCUCAUGGACGAUGCCAUGGACUGCUUGAUGUCUUUUUCAGAUUUCCUUUUUGCCUUCCAGAUCCAGUUUUACUACUCAGAAUUCCUGGACAGCGUGGCUGCCAUCUAUCAGGACCUGCUGUCAGGCAAGAACCCCAAUACCGUGAUUGUGCCAACAUCAUUCAGUGGGCAGCACCGCCAGCGACCUGCCUUGGGCGAGGCUGGCAUGCUGGAGGGAGUGGAGGCGUCGCUGUUCUACCAGUGCCUGGAAAACCUGUGUGACCGGCACAAGUACAGCUGCCCACCCCCAGCACUUGUCAAAGAGGUCCUAAGCAACGUCCAGAGACUGACCUUCUAUGGAUUUCUUGUGGCCCUCUCGAAGCACCAUGGAAUCAACCAGGCUCUAGGAGCUUUGCCUGACAAAGGGGACCUGAUGCAUGACCCAGCCAUGGACGAGGAACUGGAACGACUGUUGGUCCAGGUCCCAGGCCUGGUCAACUCUGCCACUCCAGAGGCCAGCUGCCUGCCUUCCCGGAUCCCUCCCCGGGUUGGCUCCCCAUGGAGACCUCUCCAUCACUCCCGCAAAGUGGAUGCAGAAAGCGAUGGCUCCACUGAAGAGACAGACGAGUCCGAGACUUGAGGAAUCUCUAGGGCCCGCCUGUGCCCUGUACUUUCUCCCACUCCAGCCCAUGGCACCUCCGCUGACCUCCUCUCCACACCUUGCUGUGCUGCCCUCUCCUGAUGAAAAGGCUGAGUAACAGCCCCAGCCAAAGGCCACUUCAGUAAUCAGCCAAGCCGAGCAGUGACCCUAGAAACUAAAUAGCCCAUUCUCCUUGGCUGUUAGCCCUUGGGGUUUCGUCAGACCUUAAACUAUGGACUGCUCUGAGGCCUCCUCAUCACUGGAAAGGGGACCUGGCCUUAGUCUUUUGUUGACUAGUCCUUCUAUUUAUUAAGAGCAGCAGUUUCUUUUCAGCCAGCCUCUGCUAGUGCCCUGAUCGGGGUCAUCUCCUCACAGCAGCUCCACUAAGGGGGAGACGUGAAUAGCUAUGCAGGGCCAUGAAUGGUCAGGGUGACACCUAAGAGCAAGUACUAGGAGGACAUACCACUGUGGCUUCUGCUGGAGGAAUCAGACACCAGCCAUGAUUGGAAGAAGGGUAGGCAAGAAGAUAAUUUCGUUUUCAAAAUCUGCUUUGGGUUUCUUGUAUCUAAUAGUGAAGGCUGAAAUAAAGUCCCUUGUGUCCGAUAA